AUGUUCUUCAUAAAAGACCUAACCUUAAACUUGGCUUUGCACCCUUCAUAUUUUGGUCCACAAAUGAACCAAUACUUGCGUGAAAAACUAUUAACCGACGUUGAAGGCACCUGUUCUGGUCAAAUUGGCUACAUUGUUUGCGUUCUAGACUGCAUGAAAAUCGACAUAGGAAAGGGUAAAGUAAUUCCUGGUUCAGGUUCCGCUGAAUUUAAAGUCAAAUACAGAGCUGUCGUUUGGAAACCAUUCAAAGGCGAAGUGGUGGACGCUGUCGUUGCUUCUGUUUCCUCCCAGGGCUUUAAAGCCAGUGCUGGUCCUUUCACAAUCUUUGUCUCCAAAAAAACAAUCCCAGAUAAUAUGACCUACAACCCAAAUGCUAACCCUCCUGCCUUCUCAUCCGAUGACCAACAUAUAGAAAAGGGUUCAAAAGUAAGAUUGAAAAUUAUGGGUACAAGAUCUGAUGUUCAUGAAAUCCAUGCUGUGGGCAGUAUCACUGAAGAAAACCUUGGUUCAAUAUGA